AUGAUCUUUGUGACUGUAUUGGCAUGUAUGUCAAUGAUGUAUGAAACUCCAAAACAACGAGUGAUGAACACACCAGUAUUACAGAUAGCAGAGUACGCAUUUGUUAUAUGUAUGAGUAUUGAGAUGAUUGUCAAGACUUUAGCAGAUGGUUUAUUUUUUACUCCUAAUGCUGUGAUUCGUGACUUUGGUGGUAUUUUGGAAUGUUUUAUCCUCCUUGUCAGUGUUGUCUUCUUAGUGUGGAUGCCUCAGGAAGUUCCUGCUGCUUCGGGUGCUCAGAUUCUAAUGGUUUUGAGAUGUUUACGUCCACUUCGUAUUUUUAUAUUGGUACCUCACAUGAGAAGAGUGGUACAUGAACUAUGCCGUGGGUUCCGGGAAAUCACCCUUGUAUCUGUUUUAUUGUUAGCAUUUAUGUUUAUUUUUGCUAGUUACGGAGUACAGAUAUUGGGUGAUAAAUUAGCACGUUGUAAUGACAGAAACAUCUCAACUAAAGAGGAGUGUGUUGGUAAUUUUUUUCAGGUUGUCAGUUAUAGAAAAUUUCCAAGUAGAAUUUUAUGGGACAAAAAUGAGACAUAUCCAUCAAUGGUGGUGCCAAGAGUUUGGUCAAAUCCAAGGAAUUGGAACUUUGAUGAUCUAGGGAGUGCUAUGAUAGGAUUGUUUGAAGUUUUAUCUUUGGAAGGUUGGUUAGAGGUCCGGGAUAUCAUCAUCCGACAAACUAACCUGUGGGAAACCAUCUACAUUCACACGUUUGUGUUUAUUGGUUGUAUGAUUGGGUUAACACUCUUUGUUGGCGUGGUCAUUUCAAACUUCUUUGAAAACAAGGGUACAGCAUUAUUAACAGUUGAUCAAAGACGAUGGCAAGACUUGAAAGGCAGACUACAGCUUGCUCAGCCAUUACAUAUUCCACCAAGACCAGAUGCCUAUCCAAUGCGAGCCAAGGUCUAUGAUUUCACCCAACAUAAGUAUUUUAAGAAGUGUAUUGCCCUGCUUGUUAUUGUUAAUUUCUUCCUGCUUUCUGUUCAGUGGGACAGUGAUAAUGGUCACAGAACAUUUGUCUUGGCUUCAACAUCAGUGGCAUUCACAUUUAUAUUUGUUAUUGAGGUCAUUUUAAAGAUAAUCUGUAUGACAAUAACGGGCUAUUGGCAGAGCCGUCGAAAUCGUUAUGAGUUGUUAGUCACUGUCUUGGGAGUUAUUUGGAUAGUUUUGCAGUUCACCCUUGCAAAUCAGUUCAGCUAUGCCUUUGGAGUUGCUAUCAUUAUUUUAAGAUUCUUCACAAUCACUGGCAAACAUCCGACUUUAAAGAUGCUGAUGUUGACUAUAGUUGUAUCUGUGUUUAAAAGUUUCUUCGUUAUAGCUGGACUGUUUCUAAUGAUGACAUGUUAUGCAUUUGCUGGAGUGGUCUUAUUUGGAACAGUGAAAUAUGGGGAGAAUUUAGAAAGGCAUGCUAAUUUCAAGACAGCACCAUUGGCAAUCGCUGUACUGAUGAGAUGCAUUACAGGUGAAGACUGGAAUAAAAUAAUGCAUGACUGUAUGGUGAGUCCACCAUAUUGUACAAUGGGUCCAAAUUAUUGGGAGAGUGAUUGUGGUAAUUUUGGAGCAGCAUUAUUAUAUUUCUGUUCAUUUUACAUCAUUAUUGCGUAUAUUGUACUAAAUUUAUUAGUAGGUAUUAUCAUGGAAAACUUUUCAUUGUUUUACUCAAAUGAUGAAGAUGCGUUGCUAAGUUACGCUGAUCUCAAAAACUUUCAGAUCACUUGGAACAUGGUUGAUGUCAGUAGAAGG